AUGAGACUCAAGAAGCAGCUUCAUCCUAUAAAGGUUGGGGAUAAAUAUAUGAUUCCACCAGCACGUUACACGAUGUCAAAGGAAGAAAAGAUUAAUUUUUGUCGUAUCUUGAAGGAUGUGAGGUUUCUUGAUGCAUAUGCCUCAAAUAUAGGUCGUUGCGUAAAUAUAAAUGAACUCAAGAUUUCAGGACUUAAAAGUCAUGAUUAUCAUGUUAUACUUGAGAGACUUCUUCCCCUUGCCAUAAGAGGAUUGCUUCCCAAGGAUGCUUGUGAUCCUUUGAUUGAGUUGUCUUUAUUCUUUGGUGAUUUAUGCUCUAAAGAGUUAGAAUUAAAUGAGCUGGAUUGUUUACAGAAUCAAAUUGCAGUGACACUUUGUAAGCUGGAGCGCAUCUUCCCACCGUCAUUUUUUGAUGUUAUGGUUCAUCUAUCAAUUCACUUGGCAAAUGAAGCAAAAACUGGAGGUCCUGUUCAAUAUAGAUGGAUGUAUCCUAUUGAAAGAUUUUUGCGCGUUCUAAAGAGUUAUGUGCGCAACAAAGCACGACCAGAAGGUUCCAUAGCAGAAGGCUAUGUGUCUGAAGAGUGUAUGACAUUUUGUGCUCGAUAUUUGACCGACAUGAAUUCUAGAUUAAAUCGGCCAAAUAGAUAUAUGGACUAUGCAAGUAAUGAAUCUGUUGGUUUGUCAGUGUUCAAAAACAAUGGUCGAUCUAUUGGAGGAGGUUCGUGGGAAUGUAUAAACUCUUCUGAACUUCAACAAGCUCAUUUUUACAUAUUACAAAAUUGUGAAGAAGUCAGACCUUGGAUUGAAGAGCACAUGGCGAAGAUAAAAAAUGAAAGUCAUAGAAACAUAGAAAAGAGGCACAAGGAGCAAUUCCCCAAAUGGUUUGAAAAUGAGGUUUUGCGAUUACAACAAUUGGGUGAUGAGAGGAUUAGUAAACAACUAGAAAUAUUAUCAAAAGGGCCGGACUUUCGAGUGUUCAACCACAAAGGAUACAUUCUAAAUGGCUUCAAGUCUCGUACAAAAGAUGCCGAGAGACACCUAAAAACCCAAAACAGCGGUGUGAUAGUAAAAGGGGAUGAGUUAAGCGGAUAUGUUGAUUUUUAUGGUGUGGUUAGAAAGAUCACUGAAAUAAGAUAUUUGGAUAACAACUUUGCUAUACUAUUUGAAUGUGAUUGGUUUGAGGCUCCUUCUGAAGGUCGAAAUCAGGGCAUGGGAUAUAAGAGAGAUGAAUAUGGAUUUAUUAGUAUAGAUAUGACAAAGUUAUAUUACAAAAGUGAUCCAUAUAUCUUGGCCUCUCAAGCUGGUUUGGUUUAUUAUGUAAAAUACAGUGACAAGGAAAAUUGGUAUACGGUUGUUAAAGUCAAGCCAAGACAUGUCUUUGACUUGCCAAAUGUUGAAGUUGACGAUGACUUGGAAGCAUAUCAACUAAAUGAGUUGAGUGAUACACAUGGACAACUGGAAACACCGUUAGUAAACCAAGAUGAAGUUGUUUUAAAUGAGGCUGAUGAUGCACCAUUAGUAAACCAAGACGGUGAGGUUUUAAACAGGGAUGAUGUUGUAGGACUACGCUUGGAUGAAAGUAUUAUUGAGAAGGAAGAAGAACUAAAAGAAUUGGAUGAUGCAAGUGACUAUGAAACUGAUAGUGAUGAAGAAGAAUCUCACGCAAGCGAAUAUGAUUUGUCUGAGAAAGAAGAUUCUGACACAGAAUAA